UGACCCCGUUCAGCAUCUAAUGCCAUGGUUGAACGCUGCUGGAGGACCUCCAGCUUCGGAGCAGUCACAUCCACCACAACCACAACAACCUGCUCCAGUCCCUCAAGUCGCUCAUCAGUACCUUCAACCUCAACAAGUGUACGGAACACCUCCGAAUCAACCGGUGGCAAAUUACUACUACGUUUCAAACCCAGUCCUCCCCCCAAUCCAACAGCACCAAGGACAAGUUGUUCAACCGCAGCCAUCUGUAAUUUUAUCAACCCAGCAGCAGCAGCAGCAGAUACACCCUUCCGAAAUCAGCAGAGACCAACAAGGUUCCUUCGCCUAUUUUGGGUCGUCGCCGAUCCCUCCCCCACCAGCUUUUGUGAGCAACCCAGCCGUCUACUCGACAGCGUAUGGAGGAAUGGACCCGGCGUCAAAUGCGCCAGUAAUGACGCAACAUCAGCUUCCUACUCCAGGAUAUCAUCACAUUCCUGCUCCUGUCCCUCAGCAGCAGCUGCCUUACACUCAUCCUCAACCAAUUCCAGUGCCACCCCCACCCGCUGGUCCAGCACCGUACCACACCGCAUCUGACAAUAAGUUGAGAGAAGACCAAAGGUCAAACCAUGACACCACUUCUGGAGUGGCAGCGUAUCGACAAAAGUCUGAGAAAGAUUUGACCAAGAAGGUUCACGUGUCUCAAACUUCUGAAGAGUUGCCCAACUCUCAAUCAAAAGAUGACUACCGGAUGGAACUCGCAAAGCAGGUGGACGAAAAACGGAGGAAGGACGAAGAACGUUUAAAGAGGGAACAAGACGAGGAAGAACGCCUGCAACGCAAAAUUAGAGAAGACCAGGAACGGUUACAACGUGAGCUGGAAGAAGACUUGCGACGAGCGCAGGAAAAGGAAGAAGACGAGAAACGCAAAGCUUCUGAAAAAGUCAAAAUUUCCGAAUUAGCCAAGAAAAAGUUGGAGGAGGAAAAGGCCGAGAUUGAAAAACAAAGACAGAAAUCAUACGCAGAGCGUCAAGAACAACUGAAAAACGCUGCGUCCAACUCUCGAGCCGCCCUGAGCACGUCACCCUCUCGAUACUACCAUCGUGACAAUUCCGACCCAUCCUGGUCAUGGGAUUCGACACCGGUACGAUCCAUCAAGAAGGCCAAUAAUGCUGCCCACUCGGAGGAAGGAUCAGGAGAUGCUACUAACCAAUCUGAACAUAAUCGUCGAAAUCCACAGCAAUUCUCACAUCCUCCCAGCGUUAAAACGAGUGCGAGAAGUAAUCGUUCUUCAAGAGCCGAGUAUGACGAUUUUGAAGACACACAACCAACUUCAGCAUGCAGUUCGAAAACGUACUCAGUUUCAGAAAGUUGCCACGAAGAUCAUAACCACGACCAGAACUGCUCUGGAAUUCCUUCCGGUUUGAGUAAAAGUGCGGAAGAGGUCGGUCCAACGUCCACGGAAAUGAUGAUGUGCCCCCGUUGUGCUCGUUCAUUUUCUUCCUCUGACAUCGCAUAUCCGAAAUCCGACGUCGAGCGUCAAAAAGUUCUCAACUUCUUGGAUAACAUUAAAAAACGGUUAAGAGAAGAUCAGGACAAGGUCAUGAGGAUGAGGGAUGGCUUUGGAUGGACGCGAUAGGACCAGAUUUAUCUAUAACAGAUAAUUUUUCAAAUGCGAAAUUAAGUGAAGUGUUAAUUGUACGUGAAUCUAUGUAAUACUACAAUUUUAUUGUGAAAUACUGUGUAAAAUUGUGCAUAAAUUAAUAACAAUCUGUUAAACACCGACAUAAGUGAAUAAACAAUAUACACGA